GUCUCCUGUUCUGAAUCCCAGCCGGAUCUGCCACGGAUCUGUUUCGACCACGCCGAGCUGCGCUGAAGCCCACCAUUGCGUCGCCAUCACAUCGCAACCCACCAAAGCUGUGCUGAAGCGCACCAGACCAACAGCAUUCUGUCCAAUCGCCAACACACCCCUCGACCACCCCUCCGCCGUUUGGCACACCGUCUCAGCACCAGAGCCGUUCCACAGACCUCCUCAGACACCCUCCAUUUCCGUCACGCCUGUCGUUCGAAGUCGAGACGUCGUCCUCCACUCUGCAUCAAGCCCAGCCCGUUCUACGCGAUGCUUGCCAACCCUGCGAAAACCAAAUUCAGCGAUAUCGCCGAUGACCGCCAUCCGGUCGACUUUGAUCCAGCUAUCUUCAAGUUCGUCACCAAGAAACGCAAGGUUCGAACAAUCAUCACGCCACAAAGCUCCGUCACAAUCCGCCAGCCCGACCUCCCAGCGCCCAGCAAUGGGUCCAUCCGGCCUGUCGCCGAUACAUCAUCGACUGCAACUGAAAAGGUUGAGCGGCCCGUCAAAUCGGCUUUGAAGCACCAGACCCUCGCGCCGGCCAAGAGUCCAGCACCCAACCGUACCGGCAGCUCCAGUGCAGCUGCAAAUAUUUCUCACGAAUCUGAAUCAAAGGCCAGCGCAGCCAACGGAAAUCUCGGUGCACAUGCCCCGUCAGCUGUCCCGAUGCCCGAUCCGAAAGCGUUUUUGUUGGAAUCGUCGAAAUAUCUCAAGGAAUACACAGUACCGCUGGCCGUAACGCCAGAGCGACAGACCGAGGUCAACCAGAGGAGAAAGAGUCGCACCAGCCUGCUUCGACGGCGCCGGUCCAGCCUCGGCCUGAGGGGGAAACGAGUCUCAGAAGUCAAUAAGGAUACGGGCUUGUGUUCUCUCCCUCACCCAGACAUCCAGCCAAGCGAGUACUACAAGCAUAUCGACUCAGAAUCAUUCGACCCGGUGCGAAUGCGGCAGCUGCUCUUUUGGCAGACACAAAUCCUCGAGAGGAAAAAGCUGAUCCCCAACGCUACUGCUGACGAAGACAAGACCUUCAAAGCAUGUGCAAAACAGAUCACACAAGGCAUUGCUGACCGAUCCAUCAACACCUCGUGGUUCCAGCGGCCGAGUGCGCCACAAAAGAUCUCGACAGAUGGGAAAAUUCCGCACCCGCAGAACACCCAGAACACAGAAGUAGCGGCUCAGUUCGAGCGCGUCCUGGAAGAGCUUGAAGCAGAGGAACAGGAAUGGAUUGCGCGGAUGAGCGCCCGGCAGAUCCAAAUCGGCGAGGAAACACAAUCGCGGCUGCGGGAGCUGGAGGAGUAUUGCCAGAAGCCACACAUUACCUCGCUCAGCCUGACGGUGCGAACCGAUGGAAGUAGCGCCGAGAUUACUGUGCCCAGCUACCUGAACAGCUUCAACAAGAAGGCUGAGGGGGACGAUGACUGUCUCAAGUCCAUCAAGUACCGCAAAUGGGUGGAUGAGCUUGUGGACGACAUCACCCUGACGGCUGCCGCAGUUCCACACCAACUCAGCAAGAUUUCCGAGUACGUCAAAGAGAACUGCGCCCCAACUUCCGAGGCCAUCUUCAAGAAGAUGUUCGACACCAUCAACACCGAGAAAGAGCAGGACAGCUUGGAUCCGGCACUGCUUCUGUCCGUAUUAUCGGCCGCCGAGGCGGUGAAGUCAGUGCCAGACAGUUAAUUGCUGUGCUGACUGCCAUGCUCACGGCUGUUCUGGUCGCGGCGCUCACGGAACCAGCAACUCCUCGAUUUUUGUAUGUAUUUGUCCACGCCAUUGGGUGCAAUAUAGCCAAGGGUUAUUGGUAGG